AACUGGUCUAGAGCCGCUCAAGCCAUUGACCAAUUACUUGAAGGCCAAGGUGGCAAUGCCUCUGCCAAAGCUUUGAUCAUGAAAGCCACCGCUUUACUUAAAAUGGAUCGCCACGAAGAUGCCAUUGACACCUUAAAGCAAGCCUCCAACUCGAACCCAUCGCAAGAGGAUCAAAGUGCCAUUGAACUGUUGAUCAAGACCAUCUCGUCUCAUGUCGUUCAGAAUAUGAACACCACCAAUUCCAGAGAUUUAGGAGAUGGCCAAUCUCGUGAUCUUACCUCCACUUUGCUCUCAGGGUUAAUGAG